AACAAUGAACGACAGUGAGCCAAGUGGUAGUGGCGUGUCACGUGACAGCGGUGUACCAAUGGACACAUUUGAUGAUAGCGUGGUUUGUAAGAACUCAGUCUCGUCCGGUAAUGUGGUGUUCUUACACCCUCUGGUGGCUAUGAACAUUGCUGAUCAUGCGACCAGAUACAAGAUCAACAACAAGGACCAUCAGUACGCACUGGGAGUAUUGCUAGGAAAACAGACAGGUCGAGAUAUUGAGAUAAUAUCUUCAUUUGACGUGUGUUACGAUGUGGUAGAUAACUCCUGGAUACUCAACAGGGACUACCUUGACAGCAGGCUUGAACAAGUGUCUCAGAUCCCCGCUGGCGGGGCAAGUUGGGCGGAGUCCACCAGCUCCGUUAGUGAUGUAGUGGGAUGGUACGCGCUGGGUAGCUCCCCUGCCACACGACACAUCGGUAUGCACACACAGAUGUGCCAGGUUAAUGAGAGCGUUGUGUUGCUCAUGUUCGAUCAUACCAACGAGAAGGAGCUUUCCAUGAAAACGUACGAGUCACUCGUCGACCUUUCCAACAACCAGAGUAGAACAGUGUUCGUUGAGAGCCAAUACACAGUUAAGACUACUGAGAGUGAACGUAUUGGUAUAGACCAUGCAGCUGGGGCUAAUGUAUCUGGAUUCAGCGCAGUGUCCGACGUUGUCAGUUCAAAUCAAAGUGCUAUAACCAUGUUGAACGGACGAGCACAAGUUAUAUGUGACUACAUUAGAGAAGUUAAAGAAGGUAAAAGGAAAUCAAACCCAGCUAUAAUGCGGGCUAUAUCGAGUUUGGUAUCUUCGUUACCCUUAGCUCAACAACAUACUGAUAACUUUGAUGCUCAAUGCAGUCAGGAAGUAGUAGAAGCUAUGAUGAUCGCCUCGCUUGCUACACUAACAAGAGGAAUUAUGACACACGACGAGAUUGCUGCCAAAUCUAACGUUAUCUACUCUCACAACGUGACGAAUAAAAAGAUACGGAGUUUAGAUGUUUUCUCAGCUUUCUCCAGAAAUUUGCCGAUAUGAAGAUCCUAGGAUGACAUUAUAUAUGAACUACAUGGGAUGUCAGAAUGAAAUGUGGGUAUGGUUUCAUAAGAGUUGUCUUGUGGAGAGUUAAAUGAGAAUAGAACACGAACACCGCAUUGUCUUCGGUAAUGAAUCGUGAAAUGAGCAAGUGUUGGACUUGGGACUGUUGGGUCUUUUUAGUAUUUAAUUUUCUUGCAUUAUAUUUGGAAAAUGGGCCAAGGGUAGAAAAAAUAAAUCUCAGGUUAUUAUAUCUGUAUAUUUGCUGGUAUGUAUGUUUUGAUGAUGAACUAUUGACAC